AUGAGCGUAAAUGCCGCCAUCGCGGCGCUGCCCGCCUACAAGACCCUUGACGCCUUCGUCAAGUCCGGUGAUACCAGUGAGAAGGCCAUCGACGACACGGUCCAGGAAUUCAACACCCUUGCAAAGAAUUCUCAGUCCGAAAUUGAGGACUUCCUCUGGGACAUGUAUAAUGCCGUCUUUGCUGUCGCCAAGCAAACCCCUCCCGAGAAGCAGGGUCCCCUAGUCCAUUUUCUGCAACGUCUGCGCGAUACGACGGUCACGGCCUCGGACGGCCAGCCUCUCAAGCUGAGCAACCAGGUCGUCUGGAAGGAUCUUCCUACCUUUGGCUGGGUCGCCCGUGACUUGUGGAACUUUGACGCUCUCGACGCAUCCGCGUCCAAAGACGAGAAGGCAGCCUGGGACAACCUUUCCGCCCUCGCCGCCCAACUGACGACUCUCGCCGACCUCAACAACCCCCAGGACCCCUUUGACUUCUCCCUCUACGGCCUCUGGACCCUGCGCACAGCCUUUGAGGAAGAGCACCCCGCUGGCGCAGACGUCGCUGCCGCGGUGAGGCAAGCCUCCCUCUGGAUCACCUACUCCGGUGAUGCGCUGCAGAAGCUGAGCGCCAAGAACCGCAACUUCGAUGCCAAGUCGGGCAAGGCCGGCGCCAAGUUCGCCGACCGCGAUUGGAAGGGUUUGAACGAGGAGAGGUGGAACGCAUGGGCCGAGGCGUUCGCGUCGGCGCACGCCUCGCUGGGGGACGAAGAGGUCAAGCGUCUUGCCGCGAAGGCGGCCGAGAGUAUGAAGAGCAAAUGA